AGAGGGCAGCAGACGGCCGCGAUAGCGCCGUUCUGGCUGUCUCUGUGGGACUGUCCUGUGCUCGGCUGACGUGGAGCGGCUCGCGGCGGGUGCAGUGGGUGUGGCGACCUGCCGAGGGGUGCACGGGGUGCGGCGGACCGGUGACGGGUGCAGUGAGCUCUAUAACGGUACCGGCCGUGUACGGACGGAGUGGGGCCGGCGAUGUGGCUGAUUUGGACGGCGCUCCUGGCGCUGGCGGUGCUGGUUGCGCUCGGUUACCUGGAGAAGAAAUACAAGCGAUGUGGAGUUUACACUCAGCCAGGCAUAUGCUACAACCUGAAACGUCUAUUGGCGAGGGCGCACUUCCAGUUUGUGCGCCUUCGCCGCUCUCCGCGGGUCAACAACUACAACUUGUACGCGGACGACUACGUGAAGCAGAGCUUCGUGCCCAGCCCAGAGGAUGAAGACGCGGAGAGUCUCCGACCGCUGGCAGAGCCCGAGUCUCAUGACGGCAUCACGUUCUUCGGGAGCGACUGUGAGGGCCGGCAGCUGCUGAUUCGCCUGGUGCGGCGCACGGGACGGGAGACGGAGCUGCUGCUGCUGCUGCAGGUCAACGGCCAGCUCUACCAGUUGCCCGGUAUGCCGGAUACGACCAUCUACAACACUGGCAGCGGCUGGCGGGCCGGGGCGUUGGCUAUCGAGUGUGUGCUGCCCAUGAGGCUCUGGAGGAUCAGCUACCGCGGCCAGCUGCGUCGCUGUGUGACCUCUCAGGAGGGCCCGGAGGAGGCGGGUGACGCUGGCGCCACCUACGCGUCCCCCUCGGCCGGGGAGCUGGUGCCGGUGCAGUUCAGCCUCCUCUGGCAGCCCCUCUCGGCACCCUGUGACCUACGAGAGUGCGAGACUGACCUGAUGGCCAGAGCGGUGGCCUGCGAGCUCUGGACGCCCGAGUUCCUCUCACUCAUGGGGUCGUUCUCUCUGGACGGAUACGCUCAGUUCGGCUGUAUGCGCGGCCAGCUGACGGUGGCCGGGGGCGCCCCUGAGGAGGUGUUUCUGCGCGGCCCGCGCCAGCACCGCUGGUCGGACGGUGAGGGUCCCCAGGCGGCGCCCCGACACCGCAGUCUGCGCCUGCAGGCGCGGAUGGCCGACGGCAGUCAGCUGCUGCUCGCUGCCGACAGCUGGCGCGGCGGCAUCUCACACUUGGUUUACGGCGUGUACAUGGGAGCCAACUUGCACAUGUCGCCGAUCAAGUCCUGCAACAUCAGUCUUCCAGACCUGGCCGAGGAGGGCGACAUCCCCAGCAUCUUCAACGUCAUCUUCUCCGAUGGCAAAAAGGAGCACGCUAUCGCAUGCAUAGCGACAGGCAGUCCGAUCUCGUCCUUUUCCGAGCGCCCCUGGCGGUGGAUCAACAAACUUCAGGUGGCCGAUACCUGCCUAGAUGGAGUCCAGGGCACCGCCAUCCUGGAGUUCGGAUACCGCUACUCGGGGCCGUGCCCGCUGCGGCCGGAGAUCUCCCUCCCUCUGCUGGUCGGCUCGGAGCUCUCAGCCGUCGAGCCGCGCCGCGUGGUGUCGCUCGCCGACCCGGCGUGCCGCUGCGAGGCGCUGGUCGGUGGCAAGGCGUGCUCGCUGGCGCUGCUGACCGAGCUCGACCUGGCCGAGGUGGUGGUGCCGCGCGGCGCAGUGGUGACGGCCGAGGGCUACCGUCACCAGCUGCAGCACCAGCCGGAGCUGCGGCGCGCCGCCGAACGGGUGGUGCGGGUGUCGGCCGGACUGGAGGAGGGCGACCUCAGCCAGGUCUGUGACAGCACCGUUCAGGAAAUACAGAACGCCCCGGUUAGCCAGCAGAUCAUAGAGGAGCUGGAGGCGCUGCUGGAGGAGCAGUUCGGCAAGACCUGGCCCGAAAUGCGCUUCGCCGUGAGAUCGUCGGCACUAGGUGAGGACGGCGAGGAGCUCUCCUCGGCCGGUCAGAACGCCACGGUCCUCGGCUGCCGGGGUCGUGACCAGCUCCGGGCCGGCCUGGCGCAGUGCUGGGGCUCGCUGUUCGCGCCGCACUCGGUACAAUACCGCCGCCAGCACGGGCAGCACAUCCACCCAGGAAUGGCCGUGGUGGUGCAGCAGAUGGUGGCCUCUGAGGUCAGUGGGGUCAUGUUCACCCGUGACCCGGUCACCGGCGACCCGUCUCAGAUCAGCAUCACGGCCAGCUACGGACUCGGAGAGAGCGUCGUCUCGGCCAAGGUUGAUCCCGACACCAUCACAGUGAGUCGGUCUCACACUGAUGAACUGGCCGUCUCCAGCCGCCAUCUUGGAACGAAGCAAAUCCAAACGGUCAUGACCGCGGCCGGCGGCACGGCGGAGGUUCCGAUCGACUCCAGCGCCGCCGCCGCCGGAUGUCUGUCCGACUCGGCCGCCCUCCGGCUGGCCAGAAUCGGAGUCCAGCUCGAGAGCGCCUUCGGAGGACCGCGAGACGUCGAGUGGGCCAUCUCAAAGGACCAGAUAUUCCUGCUGCAGUCCCGUCCGGUGACGUCUCUGGCCGGCUGGUCGGAGCCGGAGCUGACUCACGAGAACGACGCGGCGCUGCUCACGGAUCACGAAUGCAUCACGGGUGCCAACACCGGCGAGGUGCUGCCGAACGCCAUCAGCCCGCUGUCUAUGGACACCAUUGCUCGCGGCAUGGAGAUCGUUUCGGACACGCUGCGCGCCUUCUUGAUGGGAGUAGAGAACCCGUGUCCGCCCUACACCGGCCAGUACUUCCCUAUCACACACUUCCGAUACAUGAUCGACGUCACAAGGACGUUCAUGUCUUCUGUGCAGUCGUGGGAGGAGGAUGACGUCGAGAGGGCUUCUGCCAUGACCAUAUUCGGCCACCUGGUGGACCUGAAAGAGGCCAGAGCCACGGCCAUCCGCCGCUACGGCGUGCUCAGCCGCUAUUCCAGCAUCCACCAGCAGGUCUCGGCUGCAAGGUUGGCGUGGGGCUGCAGCGGACUGGUGAAGCGUGCUCAGGAGCAGUUCGGCAGGUUCAGGAUCGACACGGACGGCCAGAGGAGUCGGACGGCCCAGCAGCUGUUCCGCCACAUCUGCGGACAGCUGCCGCAGCUCAAACAGAUCACCGAGGACCACGUGUUCUGCACGACCACCGGCAACAUGCUGCAGAUCGCGCUGCUGGUCACACUCUCCGAGAACGGACAGAACGCGUGGAACCAGGACAUGUUCUCGAGCUUCGCUGUGCUCCUCUCGAGCUGUAGCGGCGCUGAAUCGGCCGAGGUUCCAUCGUCCUUGAAGCGCCUGUCGCGGCUGAUUGCCGCUACCGAGGACGCCGACGAGUUUGUCUCCGCCUCGCCGGAGGAGGCGCUCGUCUGGCUGAAGACCAAGCACACCGUGGUCGCCGUCACGUUCAAAGACUUUCUGGCCACCCACGGUCAUCGGGCGGUUGCCGAGAUGGACAUGCUGUCGACGCCGUGGGAGCUGGACCCGCGGCCGCUGGUGGCGACGCUGCAGACCAUGGUGAAGAACGCCGACUCCCUGGAGGACAGCAAGGCGGAGGUGGACGUGACGCAGGCGCUGGACCAGCUGAAGGUGACCGUCUCCAGCCGCAGUAGGAAGGGGCUGGCGUUCCUCCUGCCGUACGUACGACAGGGCGUGGUACGCAGGGAGUGCACCAAGUCUCUGCUGGUGCGCGUCCAUCACCAGUUCCGGCUGGCCUUCAGGCGCCUGGGUCAGCUGAUGGUCCACGAAGGCCGGCUGCCGGACGCCGAGCUGGUCCACUUCCUGACGCUGCGCGAGCUGCAGAACCUGCUGGAUACCAGGUCACCGGCCAUCGUCAUCAAAGCCUCUCGUCGACGUCGGCUGCUGCCCAAGCUGAACCAGCUCAAGUUCGCCGAGGUGAUCCGCGGCAUCCCCCGGCCGCUGCCGGUCCAGGAGCCGGUCCGCAGCGCCGACGGUCUGGUGGUGGUCAGAGGCACCCCCGUCUGUCAGGGGCGGGUGCAGGGCACGGCCCGGGUGGCACGCUGCAUCGCUGACGCCGCUCAGAUUCAGCGGGACGACAUUCUGAUCACGCACGCCACGGACAUCGGCUGGAGCCCGUACUUUCCGGUGCUGGGCGGCGUGGUGACCGAGCUGGGUGGUCUCAUCUCGCACGGAGCCGUGGUGGCGCGCGAGUACGGCCUGCCCUGCGUGGUCGGAGCCACCGGCGCCACCGACGCCUUCCAGUCAGGAGACACUGUGAUUCUGGACGGCGCGCUCGGUACUAUCACUCGAAUCGCGUCUGCCCAACCGGAGUCUGAGGAUAGCGAGAAAACCGAAACUCAAGCUGACGCGCCCAGAUAUGAGCCCGAGAAGCCUACACCCAAGCCUCAGGCUGAGACGCCCAAACCUCAGGUAGAGACGCCCAAGGCUCAGGAUAAGACGCCUAAGCCUCAAGCUGAGACGUCUAAAGCUGAAGCUAAGACGCCCGAGUCUGAACCUAAGACACCCAAGCCUCAGACUGAAACGCCAAAGCCUCGGGCAGAGACGCCCAAGCCGCAACCUGCUACGCCCAAGCUUCAAGCUGAGACCCCAAAACCUGAAGCUAAUACGCCCGAGCCUGAAGCUAAGACACCCAAGCCUCAGACUGAAACGCCCAAGUCUCAGGCAGAGACGCCCAAACCGCAACCUGCUACGCCCAAGCUUCAAGCUGAGACCCCAAAACCUGACGCUAACACAUCCGUGUCUGAAGCUAAGACUCCCAAGCCUCAGACCGAGACGCCGAAACCUCAGGCUGAGACGCUCAAGCCUCAGGUACAAACGCCUAAGUCUCAGGCUACUACGCCACAACUUCAGGCUGGGACACACAAACCUCAUGUUGAUACUCCUAGACCUCAGACUGAAACAUCCAGACCUCAGACUGACACUCCCACACCUCAGCCUCGAACGCUCAAACUUGAUGUUAAGCCCGAACCUCAGUCUCAAAUAGCCAAACCUCAAACUGGGGUGCCUAACUCUCGGGCUGAAGCGACAGAAGACAUGCCAAAGCAGCUUAGAGAGUGACACUUGACAGGUAGUUCCACUCGACAUCUUCAAGAUGCCUCGCUACUCUGCCUGGAACUUAGUGAAAUAUGAUGUUAUUUAUGAGGGUGUUUAGCUAUGAAUAGGGAUCUAAUGAUGCCAUAUAGCCCUAGGUGUGGUGCCUGGCGCAUGUCUAUCAAAAUGGGCUUUGUUUUAUCGGAUGCCAUGGCAGACUGAGAACGGUACGGCUAAUUAAAUGCGAUCUGCGAAUAUUUUGAUUCUGCUCAAGUACUUGUUCGUUGAUGGAAAUGAAUAGGUAUAAAGUACCAUGUUGAUGAAGAGUUAUUAUCGCAUAGAGUAAAUGAAUAUAUGGAGUUUAUGCAAUAUACCAAUGUUUUUUUUUU